AUGGAUUCUUCCAAAGAAAAUAGCAUCCGCAAUUCGAUUACGACAUCUCCUCCCUCUGGUUUUUUAAGUUUACCUCGCAAAGUCCGUGACGAUAUCUACCAAAGGCUGCUUAUCGUUGCGCAUCCAUUAUAUCUUUUUCAGGAGAAAGGUGCGGAAGCGGUCGAGAUGUUUGCCCCGGACAGACCAUUCCGAUGGCUUGCGUUACUUUAUACCAAUCGACAGAUACACGAAGAGGCUUGCGCGGUGUUGUACCAGUUGAAUAAUUUUACUUUUAUGAAUACAACACAGCACCAGGCUAACCUUCUACAAUCCUUUCUGACUUGUAUCGGGUCUAUAAACGCAAGUCAUCUAUCUCAUAUAUGCAUCAACUUUCCGGUCGCAGAGAAUGUAAAAGAUCAACCAGAAAAUAUAAUACUCAGAGAAGAUGAUUUGCGUAGUCUCAAGCUUCUUCAAGAGAAGUGUACCAAACUGACAACACUGGAAGCACUCGUGUAUAGCUACAAUCCUAUCGGCUUGGCCAAGGCGAGCCAGGACUCAGAUGACUUGCGAUUAAUCCAAGAGGUCUUCUCGCAGGUCAACAGGCAAUUUAAUGCCAUUCCUUCACUUAAAAAGAUCAUCGUCAGAUUCUACAAUGGAUCUCCUACUCAUGAAGUGAAGGAGAUGAUGCAACAGCUUCAGUGGAUUGUCUCGUUUGGAUGA